UGGAAUAUAUGCAACAUGCUGCUCGUACUUUGCGCCGUGGUGCUUCUUCUACCGGCAUUUCAAGUUGAGGGCGAACGUUAUCGUAGGGAUACUCGUGGUGCUUCCUGCUACAGAACUUUUCUUGGGGCAGUAGAUAUUUGGUGCGGAAUAAAUGGACAUGGCGGUUAUCAACGUUUUAAUUAUCCCGGGUGUACUGUGACAUGCAACGAUGGUACCGAGACCCUGAAAUUGCCAGGCACGGUUUGCCGCAACAAUAGCCCGCCCUGCAAAGAAGACAAUGGAGAUGCCGUCAGUAAAUGGAAGGAGGACUUGGAGAAUAGGAAAGCAGAUUUACUCAAAACGUGGUGCUAUUGUCCUAAAUGUUAUUAG